AUGGCCACUUGCUACAGCGAGGAAGUCGACGCCCUAGAAGCAGCAGAGGACGCGGAAGCCGUAGCCAGAAUAGACGAAGGUGUCGUCUUCCGCGGUCCCACCAGCCCAGCAGCAGAAGACGAACCACCACCACCCAGCGACCGCGGCUGGAAACACCCCCACGGCCCCCUGAGCACGUCCUGGCGCCGCAUCCAUAGCGAUUUCCUCCUCCCUGCAACUUUCGUGCAGCAGGUUAAUCUGGGUCUGGACUACAUCGCCGACACGCCCGCGCCCCUUGAUCCAGGGAAUGCGUUCAGAAGCUGGUUCUCGCACGCCUGUGCCCGUGCUGGCUGGCGCGGCGACCUCCUCCUCCGCAACGACACAUGGCAGGUUCUCAUCCUCGACCCCCGGCCCGAAGUGAGUCGCGUAAAGUACAGACCGCGCUCGCGCCAGCUGCCGGCGUACAACGCUAGACAUGCACCACUCGCGGAUAGCGAGCUUCCCGCCCCGUGCCAGAACGGCGGGUGCGACGCAGGGUGUCCGGGUCCUCGCUCUGAAUCCCAUGUUUCGACGAAGCUACGCAGUGAGGCGACCGUCACGCAGGCGGAGGCGGACGACAUGCCCCCUCCGCCAUGGCGCGCGCACGCGAAAUACCACGCCCGCCGGCUCCAGGACGUCGCGGCGCGGCGCCGCUUCGCACAAGCGCAGCGUAGCGCGAGGCUCCGCGCGCUGUUCAACGCGUGGAGGGUGUACAGCCAGACGGGGCGCAGGAGAGGUCCCGCGAGGAGGGAGAGGAGGGGGAGGUUCUACGCCCCUGCACCGGUGCGCGCGGGGAAUGCGUGGUUUGCGAAACGACUGCCGAGUUUGCGGGAACAGAAUGUGGGUCGAGAAGAGAAUGUGGUUCGAGAAGAGAAGGUGGUUCGAGAAGAGAAGGAGGGAGAUAGGGUAGAUGAUGCACUCCCGAAGCGCCGUCCGAGACUCGUUAUUCAUCCACCCAAACCUCCGCCGCAGAUUUUGAUUCGAGACGAUGACGAGGAGGGGGGUACAGUCUCGGUUGUGGAACUAGACGACACAAUUCCUAUCCAACGCGUCGAAGAGCAGGAAGUCGAGGAAGGAGAGAUUUUCGAACAACAAGACAACAAGGAAAAGCCACGGCGGAAACGCGCACCCCAACGCGCUUUCACCCGCCAAUCUUGCACCGUAAUCGCUCCGCAACAGACACAGGCGACAAGUCCCCUCGCUACAAGGCGGUUCGCGAGGCCUGAUGGGUCGUGGGAGACGGGGAGUGAGGCUUCUGAGGCGAGUACGGGGCGGGAUGAAGGGGGUGUGGAUAUAGAUAUAGACGGUAUGGAUUUGUCUCGUUUGACCCGGGGGUCAGAUGGGGAUGCAGACGGUAGGGGCAAGAUGGCGCGGGAGAGGUCGCCGUCGUUGUCGCCGCCGGGGUGGGAUGAGGAACUGUGUAUUUCUCUUGCGCCUGUUAUUCCUGUGAGAAAUCCUGCGCGGGAGGAAAGAAGUAAAGAGGAGGAGGAGGAGGAAGCAGACGAGGAGGACACAUUCUCUCAAACGCGCACAAUUCUUGCACAUUAG